AUGACUUGCCUAUCUGCAACUGCUUGUACUUUGAACGAAGGUCUUGCUAUUCAUGAAAAGAACAAUCUUCCAUCGCCUCCCAACUCAUCUUGCGGAGAAGAGAGGGAACUUGAAUUAGCUACCACCACCACCACCACUACUACUACUACUAUUACUACUACUACUACUACUACCUCUCCAGUGUCAGCAAAAGCGGCAGUACAUUACACAACAGAUUCAUCAGAAAAUUAUACAAUAGACCAUUCAAAACCACAUACAAUUCAGCAAGCCCCAUAUACCCUUAAAUCACCCAAAGAUCACCGCGUAGCAUCCACUAAAACUCCAUCUCUCACAGCCAGCACCUCGUCUUCCUCAUCUUCAUCAUCCGGUUCGUUAAAGAGACUAUUGCCAUUCACAUCAGACGACGAUGAUCAUAGUGACAUGGAAAAUUCAUCCAAAGCAACAGAAAAGAAGCGCAAGAAACCUGCACUAUCAGACACGCAUCGCUGUGAUGAAUGUGGUAAAUUAUACAAACAUCUCAAGAGUCUCUUUAAACAUCAAUGGGAGCAUUCUGAAUACUGGGAAGCAUCCUCUAAACUCUCGCUUACAAAGCAUCAGCAAGUGCAACUGUUGGAGGCUGCUUCUAUUUUGACUGGUAUGAAGAAACAAGCGAUGCUAGAGCAAGCACGACAACAAGGCAUUGAAAAUGAGGAGGACGACGACGACGACGAUUUUGAGCAACAACAAGAAGCAUUUGAAGAGGGAGACGAUGAAGAUGACGAGGAAAAAAUAAGUUUAAUGUAA